AUGCUUCGCAGGGUGGCGGCUUUGACACCUGUGCUGCUCCUGUUUUGUUCACCGACAGUGGCAGAGAAUUCAGAGGAGGCCUACUUUGAUGCACUUGCCAUCCACCUCGGCAAAAAUGCGUCCCUGGCACCAUCCACGCCUUCCAUGCGUGGAACACGUCGAGGCCACUGCACGCAAUCGAACCUCUACAACUGCAUGGGCAACACGAAUUGCUGUGACCCAGCAGCUAAAUGCUUCGCAAAAGAUGCGAAAGUGGCAGUUUGCAAGACGCAGUGCACUCCAGGAAUCCACCUAGACGAUCCCGCACAGUGGCAGACUCCAUGGUCCUGCGACAUCGUCGGUUCUGGCCGGAAUAGCGUUGCGGUCUCGGGCCAAAGCGAAAGCGAAGGCCGAUGCUCCACAAGCUACAGAGGCAACUGCCUAAACAAUCCGAAUUGCUGUGAUGGAUCCUUCACCUGCUUUGAGAGGGAUUCGGACUAUGGUGCUUGUCUUCCCAGUUGCCGUGCCGGGAUUCACUGGCAAGAUCCUCCACAGUACAGAUUUCCAUGGUCCUGCAGGGCGGUUUACCCUGGAAAUCCGAGUCCGCCUCCGCCGCCGGCGCCAAGUCCGGGAGGAGGGCAGUGCUCGGCCUCAUAUUCGGUGAACUGCAAGUGGAAGCCGGUCUGUUGCGAAUCGGGCUUCCAAUGCUACGAGAAGAACGGUGGCUACGGCGCUUGUUUGCCGUAUUGCAACCCUGGCCUCCAUGCAUCGGAGCCAGUGCAAUGGCGAACUCCCUGGACCUGCAGACUUCUUUCACCCGGCGGUUCCCCGGCACCACCGCCCCCGCCCCCGCCCCCUCCCACCCCUCCGCCGACCCCUCCUCCCCCACCGCCGACUCCCCCGCCAGCGGCGUGCACAGGCUCCUACGUUCAUAACUGUGUGAGCAAUCCCAGCUGCUGUGAUGCCUCCUUCACGUGCUACGAGAAGGGCAACGGCUAUGGAGCCUGCCUUCCCUCCUGCCAGCCAGGCAUACACUGGGCAGAACCUCCCCAGUACCGGACGCCAUGGUCGUGCCGAGUUCUGGGAGGUUCACCAGCACCUCCUCCCCCUCCUCCCCCUCCUCCGACUCCUCCCCCACCCCCUCCUACUCCAGCCCCUACGCCUGCACCACAGUGCUCGGCCAGCUACUCUGACAACUGCUUGAGUAAGCCGACAUGCUGUGACCCAGCCAUGACUUGCUUCAUGAAGGAUUCAGCCUAUGGGCAGUGCUUGCCCUUCUGCGUUCCUGGCAUCCACUGGAACGAUCCACCUCGGUAUCAGACUCCUUGGGCCUGCACACCCGUAGGUGAUCCCUUGGAGAUUCCCUUUGCUGAACAGUCGCUACACAGUCCCAGCGGUGCCGACCUCCUUACCUUUCAUAUGUACCGAGCCCAAGGGCACAGCAGUUACCCGCCACUCAAUGUGAACACCGGGAACCUGGCUGGUAUCAUGUGGUACAUUCAGAAUGAAGUUGUCUCUGGCGCAUACGGUUCUGGCAACAAGUUCGGCAUCGAGAGGAUCCGCCGCUUCAAGGUCCAGAUGAAGGCGACGCAGCCUUUGAUCAAUGCUGGCAUGAACUUUGGUGUGCGUGUGGCAUUCGACUUCGGAAACUGCACCGGGCCAUCCUGCAUUUACGAUUGGAAGCAUUAUGGCUACAACAUUGGAUGUAACAACCUUGGCUCUUUUCCUUUUCCGAAGUACGAAACCUACUACCCUGGAGGAGUUUGGUACAGCCUGCCAGGGGCCUGCCCACAAAUGCCAUACUACAGUCAAACUCCGCGGUGCGAACAGCUGCAGCCGGGCGGCAAGUGUGGCAGCCCAACGGGAUCUGGAGACUGCACCUGGAGCUACGAGGAUGAAGGUGAGCAGAUCUGGCUUGGCGACGUUUACGGGGCCAGCAACAGCAGCAUGCAGCAGUUUUGGAACAACAGCAAUUCUACAACCGCAAAUGAGUUCAAGAUCAAGAUUGUGCGGGACCUGUUUGAGAAGAAGUAUGGUGCGGAGCUGCCAAACCCGCCAUGCGAUUUCAACUUCCAGGAGUUCUAUCAAGGACAGGAUCCCUCGACGCUGUUGUAG